AUGGCGCAGCGUUCGGGGAAGAUCAACCCCUAUGAGGGCAAGCACUUCACAGGGUGGAAGCUGGAGGUCUUUAGGGACUGUGACAACCUCCAGGACCAAGGCUUUAUGAAUCUGAACUCCAUCCGAGUGGAGAGCAGGGCCUGGGUUUGCUUUGAGCACCCUGACUUCCAGGGCCAGCAGUUCAUCCUAGAGCAUGGUGACUACCCCAACUUCUUCCGUUGGAAUGGCCACAAUGACCACAUGGGCUCCUAUCGGCCUAUAGGAAUGCACGGGGAGCACUUCCGCCUGGAAAUCUUUGAGGGCUGCAACUUCACGGGCCAGUGACUAGAGUUCACAGAGGACAGCCCCUUCCUCCAGAGUCAGGGGUGGGCCAAGAACCGCGUCAGCGCCCUCAAGGUGUAG